AUGGAUCGUAAGAUCGGCCUUCAUCGGCGGCAAUUGAGCUCAAGUCGGUGGUCGUCCCCCGGUCGCCUGACCUCCGCCCGGCUUCACGCGCCUCCCUCAUCGCUCGUUUCAGUUGCCGGCCCUCGGGAUGAAGCGGGUGUGGGUGUUCAGAGCUCCGCUGAUGGUGGGUCUGGGGAGGACCAUCGUUCUGUCCUUCGGCCAGUGGUGAUGGCAGAGGUGGGGUUGUGGUGGGUGGAGGAUUGUGGAGGAUCCGGUCGGACGGAUGGUUCCUCUGUUGUUCGGCGGCGAUGGUGUCGGACGGCCGAAGCUCCGCUGCGCUUCCAGCCUUCUUCCAUUUCCUUCAGUGUUGGGUCUGGGGUGGAUCAUUGUUCUGACCUCCGGCCAGUAGUGAUGGCAGAGGUGGGGCAGUGGUGGGUGGCGGUGGCGGCUUCGGUUGGUUGGGGACGUGGUUGCAGCCUCGGCAUCUUCAUGGUUCGGGGGCUCAACGGAACUCGGCUAAAUAAUUUAUCAAGUGAGACCUUGCAAAAACUUUCCAACUUUAACACUCCAAAACUCCCCAAGUUUCGGUCAAAGGCUCCAAGAAAAACCCAGUGCCUUAGCCGUUUACUUCCUUGA